AUGGCAGAGAACCCUACCAAUCCCGUUCCUUUCUCCGAACCGCCCUAUCUGCGCGGCCUACCCUCCCCAUACUUCACUGAUGCUCACCGCAGCUUCCAGAAAGCAUGCCGGAAGUUCAUGUGGGAGAAUCUGCUUCAGAAUGCAAUGGAGUGGGAGAAGGAGGGCACCGUGCCAGAACAUGUCUUCAAGACGUUUUGCAAGCACAACAUGCUGUUGCCCAACAUGCCCUCCCCCCUUCCCGUGGACUGGCUGAAGCGCCUUGGCAUUCACGAUAUUCUGGGUGCCAAAAUCGAGGACUGGGAUCACAUUUACACUGGAAUCUAUGCCGAUGAGCUGGCUCGAUCAGGUCUAAGUGGUCCUGGUGGCGCUUUGAACGCUGGCUUUGCCUUUGGUAUUCCACCCAUUGUCAAAUUUGGUAGCAAGGAGUUGCAAGAAAAGUUCCUCCCCGACCUCCUCACUGGAAAGAAGCGGUCUUGUAUCGCCAUAACUGAGCCCGAGGCUGGUAGCGAUGUUGCCAACAUCGUCAGUACUGCAGUCAAGAGCAGUGAUGGCAAGCAUUACAUUGUGAAUGGAUCCAAGAAAUGGAUCACAAACGGAAUUUGGUCCGACUACGCAACCAUGGCGCUGCGCACCGGCGGGCCAGGUGCCGGCGGACUUUCAGUGAUCGUGGUGCCUUUGAAGGGUCACCCAGGUGUCACAAUGCGUCGCCUCAAGGUCGCCGGCCAGAAGGCAGGUGGCACCACCUACAUCGAGCUCGACGAUGUCAAGGUUCCAGUCUCCAACCUGAUUGGCAAGGAAGGCGAGGGCAUGCGCAUUAUCAUGACCAACUUCAACCAUGAGCGUUUGGUCAUUGCAGUCGGUGUCACCCGUCAGGCACGUGUUGCUUUGUCUGCUGCAUUCUCUUACUGCCUCAGACGUGAGGCCUUUGGAAAGACUCUAAUGGACCAGCCCGUAGUGCGGCAUCGUCUUGCCAAGGCCGGAGCUGAGCUCGAGACAAUGUGGGCUUGGGUUGAGCAGAUUCUCUACCAGUUGAGCCAUCUUAGUAAGGAAGAGGGCGACCGUCAGCUGGGCGGAUUGACGGCUUUGGCUAAGGCGAAGGCUGCUAUGGUACUGAACGAGUGUGCGCAGGUUGCUGUGUUGCUGUUCGGCGGAAACGGCUUUACUCAAACGGGCCAAGGAGAACUUGUCGAGGCUAUUCUCCGUGAUGUUCCUGGUACCCGUAUUCCCGGUGGCUCUGAGGAUGUGCUUCUUGACUUGUCUGUGCGUCAAUUAGUCAAAAUCUACCAGGCGGAGGAGAAGAAGCUUUCCCAGAGCUCGAAAAUCUAG